AUGUUUCCAGUUUCUCUGGUCUGCGGCAACACAAUGCUGUUGAAACCAUCAGAACGCGAUCCUGGGGCUGCGCUGCGUCUUGUCGAGUUGGCCAAUGAGGCUGGCGUACCUCCGGGUGUGUUGAACGUUGUUCAUGGUUCACAAGACGUCGUAAAGGCAAUCUGUGAGCACCCGGAUAUCCGAGCCAUUUCCUUUGUCGGUUCCGAUCAGGCUGGAAAGUUCAUAUAUCGGCACGGAUGUGCCCAUGGAAAGCGCGUUCAGUGCAAUAUGGUGAGUCGUCUGCCUUUGCGCUGGUCCUCUUCGAUGUUAAAACAGAAGGGUUAUGCGCUUUUUGUUUUUAUAGACUUUGAAAUCAACCCAAACCUCUUAUCAUCGUGGUGA